GUGAGACCUUGCAGGGAUCCGCGACCACGUGCGUCGAGAACAUGCAUGGGCAGACAUUCCGCUCGUCGACGACGAACGGGGCCAAGGGCCUCGUGGCGCCUUGUGGGCGAUGCUUGAAGUGCUCGAAAGCGUGGUCCUUCUCCGAGCCUGAGCCGGGCAAAAUGCUCAUCGAAGUCACAGGUGAAUAUUCGGGCGAGAAGGAUUUGAAACGCAUCCGGCUGUGCAACGCCAAGAAGUACGUCAAGGACUCGUACGCCAAGGCGCUGAUAGCCAUGACGGCAGGCGGGGUGCCCCAGGACGAAAGGCCCUCCGAGCAGCAGAUCAGAAACCAGCGGCGCCAGGCCCAAACCGAGAGGGAGGCGAAGGAGGCGAAGUACACGGCCGAGUGCAUCGGGAGUUUUAACGAAUUCUUGGACGAGCCUCCCGAAGGCGUCUUCAUAUUCACUGACCACAGGAUCGUUUCGCUGGACAAGGUGCGCGCGCCCUUCACGGUGGCAGGCAUGGAACAGCUUUUCGGCGCCCUCAAGCUGGUGAGUUUUCUCAUGGAUUUUACAUUCUGCACGAACAAAGAGAGAUUGGUCCUCGGGGCCAUUGGCCCCGUCGGCCUCCACGUCAAGGAUUCGUUUUCUUUGCCGCAGAUGCGGUUUGUGCCAGUCAUAUUCGUCGUCGCCGACCGGGAGGACGAGGACGCCCAGCGCCUCCUCGUGCGCCUCUACUUCGAGAUGGCCGCCAAGCACGGCAUCACCAUCACCGACGGAUUCCUCGACUGUGCUUGCUUCAAGGGCGCCUACGCCGAGGCAUUCCAACGUUCAGCAGAGGCGCACGCUGCGCGGCGGAUCGAGCGCACCUGGCGGUUACUCACAGGUUUGCUGCCGGCGAACUACAAGCAGGGAAGCGUGGCGCAGCUGAUUGCGGACGUUGCGAAGGCACUGCAGGCCCGCGUCCAAGGCGGGGCAUGCAAUUCUCUUGUGGGAAGGUUGGCAAAUGCGCCUGGUGCACUAACGAAUUGGCCGAAGAAGAAGGCAGUCGGCGCGGCGGAAGGCCGGUCUUCUGUGGAGACACAAAGUCAGGGCAAUUCCGCCCGCCUCGACUUGAACGCCAUCCUCGCCCACUACAGGGGGAAACCGGCCACGCGCACGUAUUGGGUUCGACCGUGUUCGAAGCCUUUGCCCACCGGGGACACCGCGCGGGCGGUCUACGUGAUGCCCAAGUACCAGCUGGCGUACGCAACGCAGAAGACGGCCGAUAUGCAAUCGGCGUUGUCCUUAUCCCUGGCGACAUCUGCGGCCGAGAUCCACGCUGCAUGCGCCAGUAAGGAGACGUCAGCAUACGACAUCAUGAGACACAUGUGGUUGCGCCACCACUUUACGACGAUCUACGUCAUAACCAGCGGCGUGGCGGUGGACUGCCACAAGCACAGCGUGGAGGGCGGGGGGUUCUCUGAACACCAGGUUUUCAUUCAAGGGCUCCAGAAGCCGGACUGGCUGGCCCGCGUGGCCCGCGGGCCCGAGACGUCCAAGUCGAAGGGCUCCAAGUGGCGCGGCGGCAAGGUCAAGCAGAAGCGGUCCGAGGCUCUGAAGACGAAGCUCCAGGCGCAGGGCGAGAAGGCCAAGGGGGAUAUGUUUGCGUGGUUGAAGUUCGCUCUCGAGCAAACUGCGAAGGCAGAGAAGGAACGCAGGGCGGCCGCCGCGCGGGAGUCCGACGGGGUCGCCGCGCGGGAAGCCGACGAGGUCGCCAAGGCAAAAGCCUUAUCGCUCGCGGAGAUGGACAAGGCUGCGAAGCAUCGGCAGAUGCUGGAGAAUCGAGUCGACCCUCGCCUGCAAGCGCUUGGUCUCCAACGCGUGCCGGUUGACGGGGGCGGUAACUGCCAGUUCGCUGCGAUAAUGCACGCGGCGGGGCUCGAUGUGUCCGCCUUGGAGCUACGCCUGCAGAUCGUGAACACAAUGGGAUAUUCCCCCGGCAUUUUUGAAGGCUCCCACGAGUUCGACAACUACCAGUCAUACUUGGACUACAUGCGCGUCCCCGGGACUGCUUGGGGCAACCACCUUACGCUCUCAGCGGCGGCCUUCUUGUUGAUGCGGCCGACCCGGAUCGCCAGCGACGCCGCCAACGACGCGUGCACGACGUGCACGAUCGA